AUGUUAAUUAAUGAACCCUUGUCAGUGACAAGUCAUCAUGCGACUGAAAGUAGUUCAAUGAGAAUCUUUUCAGUACUAAAGUGGCGGAAGAAGUGGGAUGCCAUUAUAAUCUGUGUUAUUCUUAUUUUACGUCCAGCCAACAACAAUGCCAAUUUAUAUUCUGCUUCUAUUAAUGCACUUGUAAUGCCAACAAAUUAUUUUACUAUCUGCAGCCUCACUAGGAGGGCACAAAGUUCUUCCAAUUUCAGCAUUAAACUUCUUUUAUUUUUGCGAACUAAAUUUUAUAAGCUUCCGACUUCGUUGAGUGAAAAACUUGAUUUAAAACUUUUAAAGAGAUGGAAAAGUUUCAAUAGUUAA